ACGCACUGACGGAGCGUUCGUCUACAACUGCAGAGCGAAGCCCCCGCGCCCCGGGCAGCGGGGAGAAACGACACCCGCUGCUCCCCGCUUGGUUCUGGCACCGGGAGGUGCAGAGUCCGGGAGAGUCCGGCUGAUGUCCCGCCUGGUGCGCUGGCUGUUCCCGGCCGUCCUGCUCCUGGCUCGGACUCAGAGCUCGGAGGCAGCGGUUUAAUGAAGUCCCGGGGUCCGCGCUGAGCCCGGCGGGUGUGUCAGCGGAGCGGCUGCGGGGCAGAGUUCGUUCAACACCUCGUCCAGAGAAGGAACAUGGGGUGGCGGUUCGUCCAGAUGUUCGCCGUCCAGAUGUUCGCCGUCCUGCUCCUGGCCGAGGCCGUGCUGGCGGGUGGCAAGUCGUACUCGGGACCGUGUAACGGCAGAGACUGCUCGGCAGGAUGCCAGUGCUUCCCAGAGAAAGGAGCCAGAGGCCGGCCGGGAGUUCCGGGAGCAAGAGGAACCCCGGGACCGCCAGGACCUCCUGGACGCCAGGGAGUGCCUGGACACAAAGGAGUGAAAGGGGACAGGGGUCUGGAAGGGCUGAUGGGAGAGGCAGGAGCCAAGGGACCAAUGGGGGUGCCUGGAUUUGCAGGGAAUGACGGGAUUCCGGGUCACCCGGGACAGCCUGGACCACGAGGACCACCCGGAUACGAUGGCUGCAAUGGGACCAGGGGAGAUGCUGGUGGACGGGGAGUGCCUGGUUUCCCAGCUGGACCCGGACGUCCUGGUGUUGAUGGAGCAAAGGGACAGAAGGGCGAACCUUUCCUGGUUACAAUGGAUGGGAAGAGCCACAGGGGCCGUCCUGGUGCUCCGGGUCUCCCUGGUCCCCCGGGUGAAACCGGUCCCCCUGGGCACAUUGGUCGAAGAGGUUCCCCAGGAGUCCAAGGGCCACGGGGACUUCCUGGACCGCCAGGUGUUCGAGGACCAAAGGGGAACGACGCAGUCAGCUUCCAGGGUCUGAAGGGGGACAAGGGAGAACCAGGACUUCCAGGAGACCCUGGGCCUCGAGCCACCACAGGAACCCAAGGAAUCAUCUAUAUGAAAGGGGAGGCAGGAGAAAAGGGUGAACGAGGAAAUCCUGGACUCGAGGGGGAGAUAGGAAGUCCCGGGAGCCCGGGAGAUCCAGGUCCAAAGGGCGAGAAGGGAGAAGCAGGAGUGACGGGGUUACCAGGCCCGAGGGGCAUCAGUGGUUUGGACGGAUUCCCAGGUCUCGACGGGGCAAGAGGUGUUCCAGGUAAACCGGGAAUUCCAGGACCUGCUGGCUGGCCCGGAAUGAAGGGGGACCGGGGUGAUCCAGGCAACCCCGGCACAUCCAUCAUUUAUACCGGACAAAUUCCAAAAGGUCCAAAGGGCCAGCAAGGUCUGGAAGGAGAUCGAGGGGAGCGGGGAGACGUGGGACCCACUGGGCCUCGGGGACCCCAGGGACCUCCUGGUGAAACCAGCUACUAUCGAGGUCGUCCAGGAUUUCCAGGAAUGCCAGGGGUGGCAGGACCUAAAGGAUUCAAGGGGGACUUGGGAGAGCCGGCAACCCUACCUGGAUACCGAGGGUUUCCAGGUGUUCCGGGUCUACCAGGCUUCCCUGGACCCCCAGGGUCAGCAUCUUCUGCAGUGUUGGUUGGUGCUCCUGGCGAGCCAGGCGAACAGGGCUACCCUGGUCACAGGGGAGAAACGGGAAGCAAAGGUGAUGCUGGACUCUGUGCUUGUACCACCAGAGACAUUGCACCACCUGGACCUCCCGGUCCCAUUGGACUGCCUGGAUUUCCUGGGAUAUACGGCACCUCUGGUCCACUAGGAGAUGAAGGGGCUCCGGGGCCAGAUGGAUCUCCCGGACCUCCUGGGGAUCCCGGGACCCCUGGAGCUCCUGGUCCAAAGGGGCAGAAGGGCGACUCCAUCUUCGUCUCCACCAUCAGCGCCAAAGGUUCGAAAGGGGAUGUGGGAGAACCUGGUCUGACUGGACUUCACGGAUGGCCAGGGAGCCCUGGAGAGGAUGGCAGACCCGGGCAGCGAGGAGAGCCAGGACCUCCCGGCGCGGGUCGGCGAGGUCCCCCUGGUGACGACGGCCUCCCAGGCAGACCCGGCUGGAAAGGGUUCCAGGGAGUACCGGGACCUCCAGGCCCGGGAUUCCGAGGCCCCAAUGGGAAGCCCGGGCUGCCCGGCGACUUUGGAGUUGAAGGUGUCCCAGGAGUUGCAGGUGACACGGGUGUACCUGGUGACCCAGCAGCUGAGUGCCCUGAGGAUCCUGGAGCAUGGGCGAGAGGGGACGACCGCAGAGAUUUUCCACCAGGUGUUGGCUGCGGCAGCCCAGGACCACCAGGACAGCAGGGAGCACCAGGAGCACCUGGAGAGACAGGUGCCAAAGGUCAGGAAGGAUUGCCAGGAAUAUCCAGACAAGGAUUCCCAGGAUGGAAAGGAUUCAUCGGAGCCCCAGGACCAGGAAUUCCAGGCCCAAAAGGUUUCGUCGGCCCCCGGGGCAGGAAGGGAGCCCACGGUGAGGCCGGGCAGCCAGGCCUGGGGGGGCCACAGGGCAGGCCAGGAGAGCCGGGCCCUGCCGGGGCCAAAGGUUGGCCCGGGGAGGUGCUCGGAGCACAGCCUGGGGAUCUGGGUGAGCCUGGCUAUCCAGGGCAGCCUGGAGCAAAGGGAAUUCCCGGAGUCAGAGGUGGAGCUGGAUUCCCAGGAACAGACGGAGUGCAAGGAGAACCAGGUCCCAAAGGAGAGCAAGGUCAGUCUGGACCUCCUGGAUUCGCUGGAUUCCCAGGACUGAAGGGGCUGCCCGGCAGUGUUGGACCUCCAGGACUGCCUGGAUUACUGGGGGUGCCAGGAGUACCUGGACAAGUGGGUCACCGUGGUGACAAAGGAAGCCGUGGUGACCGGGGCUCCCCAGGACCAGCGGGGAUGAAAGGACUGCCUGGGCUUCACGGCAACAUGGGCCCCCCUGGAGACCGAGGCUUCCCCGGGCCCAGCGCUCCAAUCGGUGCAGAUGGGCUGCCAGGACUCGAUGGGCUGAAGGGUGCAAAAGGUUUGCCAGGAAUCGCGGGAUUCCCUGGUGGUCGAGGCUUUAAAGGUCGACCUGGGAUCAGAGGACUGAAGGGGGAAUCAGGAUUUCCUGGAAUCAGAGGGUUUGUCGGAGGGCCAGGGACAAAAGGGCUUAAAGGUGAUCGAGGACAGCAAGGUCCCCCUGGACCUGCACCACCCAUCGAACCAGCCAUGAUGGUGAAAGUGAAGGGGGACAAGGGUGACUUUGGUUCCUCCGGAGAUCCUGGCUUCACUGGUCCCAGAGGGAGUAAAGGAAUGCCUGGACUCCCAGGCCAACGAGGACAACCUGGCUUUCCUGGAACUCCUGGACGACAGAAAGGAAAAUCAGGAUUCCCAGGAUUCCCAGGAGAACCUGGAAGCAAAGGAAUGCCGGGGGCACAGGGCCCACCGGGAAUCAGAGGCUUUCCCGGGAUGUCAGGGGACAAGGGUCUAGUGGGUGUCCCCGGAUUACCAGGAGUCCUCGGACUCCCUGGAGCCACUGGAUCUAAAGGUGAGGUGGGAGAGAUGAUGAACAUGCCUGGUGGGCCUGGAUACAAGGGUGACACGGGGUCACCGGGGGUCAAAGGCAAAUCUGGCCAGGCAGGUCUACAAGGACAAGCUGGGAAAUCCGGAGAACCCGGCAUUGAAGGAAUAAAAGGGGCUCGUGGUGAUCCCGGCUUCCCAGGGCAACAGGGUUCUCCUGGAUUGUCAGGUACGCUGGGUGACCAAGGGCUGCAAGGUCCUAAAGGAUCACAAGGCCUUCCAGGAUUUCCGGGCUUCCCAGGAUAUCGAGGGGCAAAAGGUUUACAGGGCCCUGACGGUUUGACGGGUUUAAAUGGAUUAAGAGGAUCGAAAGGUUCUGUGGGAUCUCCAGGUGUGAGCGGGAAAGGAGCUGAAGGCCAGCCUGGAGAAGUGGGUGAGAAGGGAGAGCGAGGAGCACCGAACACUCAGCUGGGAGAACCUGGUCUACCCGGACUGCCUGGACCCAGGGGUGACACUGGUCAUCCAGGUCCUGUUGGCUCACCUGGACCCCCAGGACCACCUGGACCCUUAAUCCCUUCAGACAAGCCAGGAAAACCAGGCGAUCCAGGACCAAAGGGGGUGCACGGAACCCAAGGCUAUCCUGGCCCACAAGGUUUGCCUGGUAGAGCAGGCUUCUCAGGGAUCAAGGGUGAGGCAGGAGACCAAGGAAGAGCAGGAUUACCUGGGCCACAUGGACCAAGGGGCGAUGUGGGGAAGCCUGGUCUUCCUGGGAUCGAUGGCAUUCCCGGCAACAGAGGAGAAACGGGUAGCCCAGGGAUGAUGGGAUUCCCUGGGCCCAAGGGUCAGCCUGGAGAUCCAGGACCUCCUGGUGCGAAAGGUUUUGUGGGGCUGCCAGGUGUGGCGGGACCACCGGGUCCUCAGGGCCCAGUCUCUAUUCCUCAGCACGUGGUGGCUCCCAAAGGUUCUCCUGGGCUGCCAGGGGCCCCUGGACAACGUGGACUUCCUGGAUAUCCCGGGCCAAAGGGACUUCAUGGUGAUCGAGGUCCUAAGGGUCCGAAAGGCCACUUGGGGUUCCCCGGCCCCACCAGCUUGCCCGGCGUGGCUGGCUCGCGAGGAGAUCCCGGUUUGAUGGGACAACAGGGUCCACUGGGAUUUGAAGGAGCACCAGGACUUCCAGGUGUCCGCGGCAUGACAGGAAUGCCGGGUCGGAGCGUCAGUGUCGGAUAUCUCCUAGUGAAGCACAGCCAGUCGGAGCAGGUCCCACCGUGUCCCCUGGGGAUGAACAGGCUGUGGGAAGGAUACAGCCUGCUUUACGUGGAAGGGCAGGAGAAAUCCCACAACCAGGACCUGGGGUUGGCCGGCUCCUGCAUGCCUCGCUUCAGCACCAUGCCCUUCGUCUACUGCAACAUCAACGAGGUUUGCCACUUCGCCAGCAGGAACGACAAGUCCUACUGGCUGUCCACCAACGCUCCCAUCCCAAUGAUGCCAGUCGCCGAUGGAGAGAUUAAGCAGUACAUCAGCCGGUGCUCGGUGUGCGAGGCUCCCUCACUUGCCGUGGCCGUCCACAGCCAGGAUAUCACCAUCCCCAUGUGUCCCCUGGGUUGGCGCAGCCUCUGGAUCGGUUACUCCUUCCUCAUGCACACGGGCGCAGGCAGUGAGGGGGGCGGUCAGUCGCUGGUGUCACCUGGGAGCUGCCUGGAGGAUUUCCGCACCACCCCCUUCGUGGAGUGUAACGGUGCCCGGGGAACCUGCCACUACUUCGCCAACAAGCACAGUUUCUGGCUCUCCACCAUCGAUCCCGAGCAGCAGUUCGAGGCGCGGCCGGUGGCUGACACGCUGAAGGCUGGGCAGCUACUGACGCGGGUGGGACGGUGCCAGGUCUGCAUGAAGAACUUGUAACGGCUCCUCAGUGAACCACCGCCAGCUGCCCAGCUCCACUGCCAGAAGUCACCCGGCACUGCACCCUGGUGGGACAGUCCCAACCCACCACCCACCCCUCUGAGCCGCCGCCGCUUGCUCGUCGGCGCUAACCGGUGCCCGCGGACUGUCCGCUCACACUGAACACUGACACUGCGCCCCGCAUCCCCUCCUCACACCCUGAUCCUGGGGCCCAGGAACCCGGCCCAGAAACCUCAACUCCCAUCCCAGGGCGAGGCUCCUCACUCCAGGCUGAAGGAGCGCCACACUGCCCGAGGAGGAACUGAGGGAGUGUCACACUGGGAGGGGCGGUACUGAAGGAGGGUCACACUGUGGGAAGGGCGAUUACUGAGGGAGGAUCACACUGGGAGGGGUGGUACUGAGGGAGGGUCACACUGAGGGACUGUGGGAGGGGUGGUGCCGAGGGUACCAAGCUCCACGUCACUGGAGAUUAUGCCUUUCACAUAGAGUUAAACCAUCCAUCUGUUGCACAAUGUUCAGAGGCAUGAACGUGAUCCUGGCUAACAUUACAUUCCCAACCAAAACCAAUCAUUAGAUUCCGUUUCCUCUCUGGGCAGCUGAGUGGGGAGAGGGAGUGUUCACUUUGCCUGCAGAAAUGUGUUACUGCAAAUCAACCCUACCGGCUACACUGCAUUGUCGAAUGAUGCAAAUGGUGCUAUGUAAAUUCCCCCGGGCUCUUUUACCAUGCAACUCCGUGUUUGUACUUGAAUCUGUGUGGGUUACUGGCUGCUUUAAUAUGCUCAGUGCUACAUAUCUCGCCACUAACUUAUGUUUGAUAAAUGAUUUGCUAUUCGGCAAGAGGCACUACUGUGUAACACUGACAGAUGAAAGGCUCAACAUCGUCACAGGUGUUGCAGGAAGUUACCGAACACAGUGCAAAAAUAGGGAAGCAAUGUGUCCUGUAGCAGGUGUUAAAUCUGCACUGUGCCAGUGUAUGGCACCAAUAGUGGGCACUGCUGCACUGUGCCAGUGUAGUGGGCACUGCUGCACCGUGCAUCUGAAAGUUGUUUCACUGGAAGUGAAUUUCAGAAGUGGCCCAAUGCCCCCGACGAUGGAGAACGAGCUGCCUGCUCGGUUUCUACCCACCUGCAGUGAAGGAUUUACUGCAGCUGACUCUGCAAUGUUAGACAGCAAAGUUACACAACCAGUUGUCUUCCAAUAGAACACUAGGGCAUAACACAACAGAAAGCAUGCUUGUUCAAACUGCAAUUAACCUGUACAAAUGCUCCCUUUUCAUAUGUACUGUAAGACGUGAAGCUCUUAAUCGAUGUAAUUAUCCAGAUUAAAAGUAUUUUAGAGAAACAAAGGACUGCAG